CUCACUCAGUUGGUCUCGAACCGUCAUAGCGAGUGCAGCAAAGUGCGGAGAGGGAGGUGUUAGGCGGCUCUUUUGUCUCCCCCACCGGCAGUCCCUACCGCGGGCUUUGUUAUCGGAGCAUAAUCCGGCACAUCUAAAAUCGCAACGCGUUGCGCGCUACUCGGGAGUGCGUCGCGACACGUGGAAUCGUACGGAUCGAGAACGCGGUGCUGUCAUACAUCGUCAUCGGUGCGCGUUUCGGACCAGAGGUCGGGAUGCGCUUCGUUGCAUCUCAAGGCUAGUUUCGGGAAAGUUUCUCUCCGUUCAAACAAGUAUCGCGUAAAGUUACUACGACAAUGCAGUAAUAAAUAUCAGUGGGGGAAAUUAUUUGUUUUCGUGUACAAACACAGUGACAUUGAUCUCGAAACGGAGCAGCAGAUACGCGCUAAUAAGAUCGAGUGAAAUCGGAUUGAUAUUUAAGAGAGAAAGCAGAAAUUAAUUUCGUUGAAAGAUGACGCUUGAGGGAAAUUGCUCGACGGAUGAUGACACAAAUCGAGUUUUAUUCGAACCCAGGAAGAACUCGAUUGUGCGGCUGCAGAUUAUGCCGGCGCAGCCGAAAACUAUCACUCAUCUGCCGAAAAGACCACCGGUCGAUUUGGCGUUCACCGACCUCACAUAUAAGGUCCGAGAAGGUCGCAAAAACAAUGUGAAAACGAUUCUCAAAUCCGUCAGCGGAAGACUGCGGUCCGGCGAAUUGACGGCUAUUAUGGGCCCUUCUGGUGCAGGAAAGUCGACGCUCCUAAAUAUCCUCACCGGAUACAAAACGACAGGUAUGGAGGGUAGCAUCACAAUAAAUGGCCACGAAAGAAAUCUCAGUGCUUUCAGGAAACUCUCCUGCUACAUCAUGCAGGACAAUCAGUUGUAUGGGAAUCUAACGGUAGCGGAAGCUAUGAAGGUUGCAGCAAGCCUUAAGCUUAGCUCACACAUCGACAAAGCAGAGAAAGAAGAAGUGGUUCAAGAAAUCCUUGAAACUCUUGGCUUGUCUGAGCACCGUCGUACCAUGACCUCGAAUCUAAGCGGUGGUCAGAAGAAAAGGCUUUCUAUCGCUCUGGAACUGGUCAAUAACCCUCCCAUAAUGUUUUUCGACGAGCCGACUAGCGGCUUGGAUUCCUCGUCUUGUUUCCAAUGCAUUUCAUUGCUGAAGACACUAGCACGAGGCGGAAGAACAAUAAUCUGCACCAUUCACCAGCCCAGUGCAAGGCUUUUCGAAAUGUUCGAUGCUCUUUACACGUUAGCUGAAGGUCAAUGCAUUUAUCAAGGUUCCACAUCGCAAUUAGUGCCUUUCCUAAGGACAAUUGGCCUUAAUUGUCCGAACUACCAUAACCCAGCGUCGUUUAUCAUUGAGGUAUCAUGCGGGGAAUAUGGCGAUAAUAUCAAGAACUUAGUAAACGCGAUAAAUAACGGCAAGUACGAUAUACGCGAGGGACAUCCGUUUCCCGAAACGAAGGAAGAGAUGAACAAUUGCGCCGCCUCGACGGAAAUUUUGAAGAAUGGCGAUAGCAUAGAAAAAAUUAAAAUCAAAGACAAGAACGACAUCAAUAAUCUAGAGGAGAAGUUUCAGGAAGAAAAACCGAAUGAGAUUACCAAUGGGAAACUUAUAUCGGGCUACGCUACGAAUGACAUUGCUAAACAAGCGUUGGAUGUGGCAAUACCUGUAGAUUCAGAUAAGAAGGACAACGCCAACGUGGCUCUGCUCGACGAGUCUAUUGCAGUAACGCCUGAAAGAUAUCCUACGUCGGAAUUGUUGCAAUUCUACAUCAUUCUGAAACGUGCUUUACUCUUCAGUCGUAGAGACUGGACUCUUAUGUACCUUCGACUCUUCGCUCACCUUCUAGUAGCAUUUUUAAUCAGCGCUCUAUAUUACGAUAUCGGAAACGAUGGCGCUAAAGUACUUAGCAAUCUCGGAUUCCUGUUCUUCAAUAUGCUAUUUCUUAUGUAUACUUCCAUGACAAUCACCAUUCUGUCCUUCCCGCUGGAACUGCCUGUACUUUUGAAAGAGAACUUUAACAGAUGGUACUCUCUCAAAUCAUAUUAUCUUGCAAUUACUAUUUCUGAUCUACCAUUUCAGACUGUGUUUUGUGUUAUGUAUGUAACUAUCGUGUACUUCACGACGAGCCAACCAGCAGAUCUGACCCGAUACUUCAUGUUCGUGGGUAUUUGUUUGCUAAUUUCUUUCGUCGCGCAAUCGGUGGGUCUCGUAGUCGGCGCCGCGAUGAACGUGCAAAACGGCGUGUUCCUGGCACCGGUAAUGUCGGUGCCAUUCCUCCUUUUCUCAGGAUUCUUCGUCAGUUUCGACGCGAUUCCUGUUUACCUACGAUGGAUCACGUAUCUCAGCUACAUCAGAUACGGUUUCGAGGGAACCGCUUUGACAAUUUACAGCUACGGUCGAAAGAAACUAAGGUGUUCCCAGACGUAUUGCCACUUUAAAAGUCCGGACGUGACGCUGGAGGAGUUGGAUAUGCUCGAUGCCGAUUUCACUUUAGAUAUUCUCGCUCUUCUUCUCAUAUUUGUCGUGCUUCGAAUCGCCGCGUACUUCUUCCUUCGUUGGAAGAUUAAGACUGCUCGGUAAAUUUUAUCGACACACGCAAAUUAUUGUAAGAUACUUUAAAAUGGUGAAGAUUUGAAUUUCGAUGCCUCAGCUUAGAACAAUCAAAAGGUUCUUAGGGUAAAAAAAUUUAUACGAAAAUUUUUGUAGCAUUUCUCAGCGAGAAUUCUCGUGGCGAUAAUUAUUCUCUAUCGAAAAAGGCAUUAGUACGGUUUAAAAAUACCUACCACAAAAUAUGACUUAUUCUCCUUUAUGUUUUAUGGUUGCUAAAUUUAAUUCGAUGUAGGAACACGAUACUAACAUAACUUAUUUAUAUUUUUAGUUUAGUUUAUAACUAAUAGUUACAAUUGUAAUAUAUGUAUUUGUUCAGAGUACUAUUCUAUAGUACACGCACACAUACACACAGAGUAUAUGUAUAUAUACGUACAUUUUAUCUAC